UCUUUCUACCGGAAACUACGUCAUCUCCCCUUGCAAACAUGGCGACUGUGACAACAGCCACCUCAGAGUGGAUUCAGUUUUUUAAGGAUGCCGGGAUUCCAGCCGGUCUUGCUGUCACCUAUGCAGUUUCCUUCGUGGACCACAGGAUUCAAAAGAACAUGCUGAUGGACCUUAGUAAAGACAUUAUGAUGGACCUCGGUAUAACUGUCAUUGGAGACAUCAUUGCCAUUCUUAAACAUGCCAAACAGGUGUACAGGCAGGACAUGUGCAAAAUGGCAACCGAUGCCAUCACAUCAGGACAGACAAGUGUCAAAGCAGAGCUCAGAAGAACCGCCAACACUCCUGCCACCCGUAUGAUUGCCAAUGCUUUGAGCCAUGACUCCCCUCCUCCCACUCCGGUGCGUCGACCCAUUGACAAUCGGCUCUCUGUCACGGUGUCCAACUCCCAAGCAAACAAGAACAACAAACCAGUCGUAAGCCAACCAGCCGACGAAGGGAAGUCUGCAGCAAAGCGCCGACGCGUCACAGCAGAGAUGGAAGGCAAGUACAUCAUCAACAUGCCAAAGGGCACCACGCCUCGUACACGUCGAAUCCUUGCCCAGCAGGCCAAGAAAGGUUUGAAGCGUACCUCAGUCUUUGAAAGACUUGGAGCUGAAUCAAUGGCAGAUACAACAACCAGCAACAGCAAGCCCACUGGGGUAUUCAGCCGCCUUGACGGGGCGGAUGAAGGCGAAGAAAUGCCAAAGCCAGCAAAAUUGGAUGAAAAUAUGGAAGAAGAGGAUGCAGAGAGUGAUGGAGAAGGCUCCGUCCUACAGUAUGCCGGUGUCCUUAAGGGACCAUCUCUAUUGAAGAAAGCUCCAGCCCCAAAACCACCUCCUACCACCCUGCGUCGCCUUGGUGGAAAAUUUAAGCUUCCUCCCUCUGAUCCUCCCACAUCCUCCUCUACCUCCUCCCCAAAUGGCCUCCUGCCUGCCAAAAUUAGUGUGCUUCAGAGACUGGGCAAGCCCCCCGCCGCAAGCACGGCUACGACGCCAACAUCGGCCGACACGCAGGACAACAGAGUGACAAGCACCAGGUCCAGAGCGAUGGAAAAACCCACUACAGCCAGUUCAAAGGUCAGCAGCAGCAGCAAUGGCUCCGGGGUUGGGGGUGGAGGUGGAGACUCCGUGGGGGCCAAGAUGGACGUCAAAGCUGUCAGUGUAUUCAAAAGACUGGGAAACAAGAAGCCCUAACAUCCAUUCAGACUCUCACCCUACACACAAUAUAGAAUUCAAUCAUAUUCUUUUCCUCCAUCAGGAUGGCAAGUUGGUGUUAUCAUUAUUAGAAGUAUUUUAUUUUUUUUUUACUUUUUUUGUUGCUGCCAUUAAUGAGUCACUUUUAUUUAAUGUUGGUAUUUUUUAUUUAAAAGCUUUAGUGAUGCUGUUUCAUGCUGCUCAGACUCAAGGCUUUGGUAUCGCGUCAUAUCGGCCAAUUUGUGUAUUUUAAAAGCAAUGAGCAUUAGCUGAGGUGCGGUUCUGAUUGGCCUUGUUUACUUUAUAUACAAGUGCAUCUUAAUGAGUUGGAAUCUAAUUUUGGUCAUUUGGUUCAAAAAGUGAAACUUGUAUAGAUUAAUUCCGCACAUAUUUUCCUCUAUUAUAUCUGUUAUUUUUGGUGCGUAGAAGUUAUAUAACUAAUAAUACAAUAACACAGUUUCUCCAAAAAUGUGAACAUAAAUUAACACAAAUUUAAUUAUAUAUUUAGUAAAUGCUAUACAGCUGAAAUGAAUGCCCCUAUACUGCACCGUAUCGUCACUCACCGCUUCGUUAGGCCGUCUUAUACAUUACAUUCACUUGAUUGCUUCUGUGUUGACCACUGAAGCUCUUCCUCAGCUGCUGUCAGCGCCUUAUCAAUCUCUUAUGCUACGUUCAGACCGCAAACACUGGAAGCGGCACAAAAGCUGCUGCUUCAUUUUUUAAGCUUGUACACUUAAGAUCUGAUGCACCUCAAGAAUAUCUUUGACGCUCCUGAAGCGCAUUCAGUAAAGUGUCUCCAGAUGCGUCUGAUGCUUCUGCUGCUCCUAUGUUCAAUAGCAGAGAGCAGCUUUGCUGUAUUUGCUUUUAUAAGUGUUUAAGAAGUAGUUUUGAAUAUUUUUUUUAGUGAGAAAGUUCACCUGUGAACUUCAUCUGUGCAUUCAGUCAUCAAAAUUACAAUCCUGCCUUUAAAUAUUAACUUGCUGUCUGAGCCGCUCAGACAGCCAUACACGGUUGCGGCCCUGUCACUGGAAAUCCCCUUCCACUGCUGUUCGUGGUGGCCGGAAGGCAUUUUUAAUGUAUGUAAUACAAACUGCAGGCACCAGAAUAAUAAAAGCGAACAUAUUUUACUGGCAGGA